AUGAAGGCGUCGCAAUCGCUUCAUCGCCUAGCCCGAGCGGCAACGACGCCAUCAACAUCCCGCCUGUCCAAACUCCCCAUCCUCUGCGCACAUCAGCGCUCGCCAUACUCAACCCAUCCUCCCAACGCCCGCCUCAACCUCCCUAUCGACUACUCGACAACCCCCUUACUAUGUCACAGCACCGACUCCGCCCUUGACAGCCCCGAGCUGCCCUCCCACGUCAAAAACGGUAGCACAAAACGCAUGAACCUCUUCCAAGCCAUCAAUGAUGCCCUCGCCACCGCCCUGACUCAAGACGAGAACGUCCUCAUCUUCGGCGAAGAUGUCUCCUUCGGCGGUGUCUUCCGCUGCACCAUGAAACUAGCCGAGUCCUUCGGCUCCGACCGCGUCUUCAACACGCCCCUGACCGAGCAAGGGAUCAUGGGAUUCGCCAUCGGCGUCGCGGCCCAGGGAAUGCGACCCGUCGCCGAAAUUCAAUUCGCCGAUUAUGUCUACCCGGCUUUUGAUCAGCUGGUCAACGAGGCGGCCAAGUUUCGGUUUAGGGAUGGAGCGUGUGGGCGUAGCGCGGGCGGGAUGACGGUUAGGAUGCCGUGCGGAGGCGUCGGGCAUGGAGCGUUGUAUCAUAGUCAGAGUCCUGAGAGUCUGUUUACGCAUAUUCCGGGCUUGAGGGUCAUCAUGCCGAGGAGCCCGUUGCAGGCGAAGGGGCUGUUGCUCGCUGCGAUAAGGAGUAACGAUCCAUGCAUUUUCAUGGAGCCCAAGAUUCUAUACCGUGCAGCGGUGGAGCAAGUUCCGACGACGGUGUAUACGCUGCCUUUGUCCAAAGCGGAGGUGUUGAAGGAGGGAAGCGAUGUGACCAUCAUUUCGUACGGCCAGCCAUUGUACAUUUGCAGCGCUGCUAUACAGAGGGUGGAGGAGGAUUUGGGCAUUUCGAUCGAGUUGAUUGAUCUGAGGACGCUUUACCCCUGGGAUAAGGAGACGGUUUUUCGCAGCGUGCAGAAGACGGGGAGGUGCAUUGUUGUGCAUGAGGCCAUGGUCAAUGCUGGGGUCGGUGCUGAAGUUGCUGCGGCCAUUCAGGAGAAUCCCGAUACCUUCAUUCGACUCGAGGCGCCGGUGCAGAGGGUGGCGGGAUGGAGCAUACACACUCCCCUGCUGUUUGAAAAGUUCACCGUACCGGACGUUGCAAGAGUAUAUGAUAGCAUCAAGAAGGUCCUGGAAUAUUAG